ACGCUCUCCUUUGGCACACAACAGACCAAGUACCCUCUGGAGAUCAUCAACUGCGGCGUGAAGCAGACCUUCACCAAGCCGCCCGAACGGGCCGUGACGAUGAACCAGGGCAUGACCGAGUUCCUGCUCGCGAUGGGCCUCGAGGGCUCGAUGGCGGGCACCGCCUACAUCGACGACGAGAUCUGGCCGCGGUACGAGAAAGCGUACAAGAAGGUCAAGGUGCUCGCCGAAAAGUAUGCGACCGACGCCCAGCUCAUGGAGGUGGACGCCGACUUCAUCACGGCCAACUACGGCAGCGCCUUCUCGGAGAAGCCGCGGCGUCGCUCGGGCUCGGACAGCGGCCUGCACGAAGCGAACAUCGGCACGUGGCUCGAGACCACCUACUGCGAGGACAAGGGCCUGCGGCCGGAGGUGGCGACCGAGCAGACCGUCUACGACGCGAUCAAAGAGAUCGGCGCCAUUUUCAACGUCAACGAUGUGGCGAAGAUGCUGAUCGAUCAGAUCGAGGCAGACUUCGACGCCGCGCAGACAGCGGUGAAGAAUACGGGGCACGCGCUGACCGCGAUCCUGCUCGACGGCAUCGGGUGCGGGGAUGACGGGAAGGGCUACUUCGUCGGAGCGGGCGAGGGCUCUGUCAACAUGAUCCUCGAGUCGGCGGGGAUGACCAACCUGUUCGGCGUUAAGGACUCCGAGUCCUUUAAGGAGGACAGCUACGCGUGCGUCACGGCGGACGAGAUCAUCGCGCUCAACCCCGACGUGCUCUUGCUCAUCGAGGCGGAUUGGGACAAGGCGCUCAACAAGAUCAACCACCUGCACAACAGCUCCGCCUGGUGCGCCGCCCCGUUCGUCCAGAGGGCCGACUACAUCAAGAUCCCCUUCUCCGCGUCGGCGCUCAGCCCGCGCAAC